CCUAACGAAACACCAAAAUUGCUUGAAGAGGCAAAGCCUUAUUUGAACCCUCCAAAGAGCAGAAGAAAAGAAAAAAUCUUCAAACCUAAAAUUAGUUUUUAUUGGCUGCUUAAACGUUAAACCCCCCAAUCUCGUUUACCUCCAAGAUUGAAUUACCACAAAAAUGAGAAUCGCCGUAGAAGGCUGUAUGCAUGGCGACCUUGACACCGUCUACAAGUCCCUGCAGUACGCAGAAAUGAAACACAGCAUCAAAAUCGACCUCCUCCUAUGCUGCGGCGACUUUCAGGCUGUGAGGAAUGAGGAGGACCUGGAGAGCCUGAACGUGCCGCGGAAGUACCGGGCCAUGAACUCGUUCUGGAAGUACUAUUCGGGCGAGGAGGUAGCUCCCUAUCCGACUAUCUUUAUCGGUGGAAACCACGAGGCCUCCAAUUACUCGUGGGAAUUGUACUAUGGAGGAUGGGCGGCGCCUAAUAUUUACUUUUUGGGGUUUGCCGGGGUGGUCAAGUUCGGGAACAUUCGUAUUGGUGGACUUUCUGGAAUUUACAAUUCACGUGAUUAUCAUUUAGGUCAUUACGAGAGGCCUCCUUAUAAUGAGAAGACUAUAAGGUCCGUGUAUCAUGUUCGUGAAUAUGACGUCCACAAAUUCAUGCAAGUUGAGGAACCAAUUGAUAUUUUUCUUUCACAUGAUUGGCCUGUUGGCAUCACUGAUUAUGGGAAAUGGGAGGAACUUGUUCGACGCAAACCAUAUUUCGAGAAGGAGAUUCAGGAGAAGACUCUUGGAAGUGUAGCUGCUGCUCAACUCCUGGAAAAAUUGAAACCACCCUAUUGGUUUUCUGCUCACCUUCACUGCAAAUUUUCUGCUCUUGUUCAGCAUGGGGAAGGUGGCCCACUGACAAAAUUUCUUGCACUGGAUAAGUGUCUUCCUGGGCGUCCAUUCUUACAGAUACUUGAAAUUGAAUCAGAGCCAGGACCAUAUGAGAUCCAGUAUGACGAAGAGUGGCUAGCAAUAACGCGGAGGUUCAACUCUAUUUUUCCCCUGACCAGAACAAAUGCAACUUUUGGGAGUGUAGAUCUUGAAACUGAAGAUUGUCGUCAAUGGGUUAGAAGCAGGCUACAAGCAAGAGGGACCAAGCCUUUUGAAUUUGUUCGAACAGUUCCAUGUUACAAUCCCUCUCAAUCUGGCUCCAAGGGUUCCUUUUCUGGAUACCCUAGGAAUCCUCAAACAGAAUCUUUCUUGCAGUUUCUAGGACUUCCUUAUCUUCUUGAUUGCAUGUCAAAACCCAGGGACCUAUCCUAUAGUCCCGCUUCCUCGAAUCAAAGAGGUUCUUUUGAUGAUGACAGUGAAGCCAUUCCCAUUGAUGAUGUGGAUGAAUUGGAAGAACUUGCAGAAGAUGAUGAUGAGGAAACCAAAAUCAGGACCCUUGUAGACUCAAUAGUUAUGGAGAGAAGAGAAGUAGUUUUUUCUGCAACACUCUUCAUUCUUGUGCUGUUCUCCAUUGCUGCUUCUCCUUCUUCUGCCAAUCUCUCAUUUAACUUCUAUGCAGCUUCAUGCCCUCCAGCUGAGUUUAUGGUUAGAAACACAGUGAUGUCAGCUUCCUCUGACGACCCAACUAUCCCCGGAAAGCUCCUUCGCUUGCUGUUCCAUGACUGCUUCGUGGAGGGUUGUGAUGGAUCUGUGCUUUUACAAGGAAAUGGGACAGAGCAAAGUGAUCCAGCAAACAGAUCUGUUGGAGGAUUUUCAGUAAUAGAUUCAGCUAAAAGAUUGCUCGAAAUCUUCUGUCCUGGAACUGUUUCUUGUGCUGAUAUUGUUGCUUUGGCUGCUAGAGAUGCUGUUGAAGCAGCUGGCGGACCAGCAAUUCAGAUUCCAACAGGCAGGAGAGAUGGGAUGGUUUCAGCAGCUUCAAAUGUCAGGCCUAAUAUUGUUGACACAAGUUUUUCUGUGGACGAGAUGAGAAAGCUCUUCUCUUCUAAAGGGUUGUCCUUAGAGGACCUUGUCACCCUUUCAGGAGCUCACACCAUUGGAGCAGCUCAUUGCAGUGCAUUCAGUGAUCGCUUUAAAGAAGACUCCAAGGGGAAGCUCAAACUCGCUGAUACAUCCCUCGACAGAAUUUACGCAGAUGAGCUCAUGAAAAAGUGCCCUUCCCGUGCAAACCCCGCAGCAACUGUUAACAAUGAUCCUGAAACAUCCUUCAUAUUUGACAACCAGUACUACCGGAAUCUUCAAGCCCACAAAGGGCUAUUCCAAUCAGAUUCCGUCCUCCUGAACGACGCCGGAACCCGGAAACAGGUAGAGGAUUUCGCAACUCACCAAGCUGCAUUUUUUGAGAGCUGGGGUCAGUCGUUUCUCAAGCUUACAAGCCUUGGAGUGAAAACAGGGGAAGCAGGGGAAAUCCGAAGAUCUUGUUCAACAAGAAACAUGUAAAGAAGGACUCAAAUGUUGCCAAAAAAGUUGCUUAGAACAACUAAUAGAAACUUCGUAAAGUUCAUAAUUUGAGUUGUAAACUCUUCUUGUAUGUUCUAAAUUACUUCUUGCUGUAAUUUUCUCUUCUGGGAAGACUGAACAUUAUGUUUGGGUGUUCAUUGUUUCAUAGGUAAAAGGUGUGUAGAGAGGGAAUAAUAUUGU